AUGUAUGUUGAAUGGGACGGUGCAACUUCUAACAAAUUUCAAGGAGGGAAAAAAAUCACGGGCCCAGCUUCUCAAGCAGAACUAGGAAUGAAAGGCUUAAUAGGAGAAACAAACACAGGCAUCGAGGAAUUAAAAGGACGCCGACAUUUCGAUGUGCCCGAAUGCACAACUGUUAUAGAGUGGAAACCUUGCUUCAAAAAAGUUAAAAACAAAAAUGAUCAGAUGUCUAAAACAACUGGGCUAAAGAAAAUCGAAUUUAACGUAAAACCUCCAAAGCCAAGAGCAGAAAAAAAGCAUACUGUUUUUGCACCCAUUGCAAAUAAAAAUAGACCUGAAAUGCCUUUUAACAUGAAAACUGUCCUCACAGAAGAUGGAAAAAGAGUCCAAGAUGUACCAACUGAUGAAUACGAUUUCCACGAAAAGCUGAUGGGAAAGAAAAAACUAGUCCCAGAGUUAGAUGAUAAAAGAAACCAGCUUUCAAUCCGAGCCUUAGGAGAUAAGUCAUAUAAAAAAGUAGAGCAUGAUACAGACUUCUAUAAACCUGGUGGCUUAAUUACUGGGAGCACAAAUGUACAGAAAAUUCCCCACCAAGGCAGAAGUAUCACUAACAAUGAUUUUGCAACUGUAAUUUCAUAUGAAUCAACAGGGCCUAAUAGAACGAAAUGAAAUGACAGGGUAAAGAUGAUGAGAACAGAAGAAGAAAAUCAAGCAGUCGGUUCUCUGAUUGAGUGGGAAAAGACAGUCUUAAAAGAAUCAAACCCUAAAUACGUUGAUCCUGAUAUAUCAGAUGGAGAUUAA